GAAGCUUUAAAUGGAAAAAUGAAAAUAUUGAAAAAAAUAGCAAAAGUUUCUCGUCAUCAUAAUAAUUUAACUGAUGAAGAACUAUCUCAAAUAUUUCGCCAUGAGGCUAUUUCUAUUGAUACAGCUCAAGGAUUGCAAUAUCGCAUUUUUAUUAUUGAUAGAAAUUUAAAUGCUCAUAUCAUACCUGUACCACCUGAUCCGGACGGUUUUCAAGGGCCAGUUCAUGAUAUAAGAUACUAUUUUUCCAAAAAUUCAUCUGAUGAAUGGUAUGUUGAUGCAAGAUUAGGAGAAAAGACAUGCCAGUUAUUUAUGAAAAAUAUUUGUCGCACAGUUGGUAUUGAAAUAGGAAAUCGUGACCUUGUAAAUCAUUCAGGCCGCUCAACAUCAAUUACUUCACUUUUUCGACAGAGAGUACCCCUUGUUACGACAAUGUCUAUUACAGGUCAUAAAAGUGAAUCCUCAUAUAGAAUUUAUGCUCGCCUAUCAGUUAAACAAAAAGAAGACGCAUUGUCUCGAAUUAUUAGCAGCGUAGGAACUUUGCCCUCAUCUAAUGAUCAAGUAAUAACAAAACUAUCUGAAGAUGGACCUUCUGUAGAUGGAUCUUUAGUAAUUAAACCAUUCCGUCCACCUCUUUUAACCAAAAAACUUUCAUUGCAUAUUAAUGCAACUAAAUCUAUGCCUACUCUUGGUGGUCACCGAUUUUUUCAUAAAGGUG